CUUUCUGACUCACUAGAUUGGCACACAGCAAUACUGGGAAUCAGCUGCGCCCUGCACAGGGAGCAAUUCUCUACAGGUUUUUGAGCCAGCCACCACCUGCCAGCUCCUUGUUCCCUUCUCUCAACUGACAUUUUGGGCUUCAUCUCUGCAUUGUGAUAACCCUGGCAAGAUGUUGUCUAUGAGCCUUCUGUGCCUACUCCUGCACACUAUACACACUUCACAGGGCAUGACUUACAGCCAAUGCCAUCAUUACCUUAAGCCAAGUAUCAACCAAGAUGGAGACCUGAUCCUGGGUGGAUUUUUCCCUCUUGAGAAUUCUGGAAGGUAUGCAAAAAGUGGCAGAAAUGCCAAUAAAGAAGGGCACAGAUUCCUUCCUUUCUUGUUCCUUCCAUGUCUUCCUGUUCAUUUUUCUAUUUGCUUCUUAUUUCUUCAAGGACAGAGCAGUGACAUUAAUAUCUCUGUGCCCAAUCCAUUUUCUUGGAUAUCUCAGGAGCAGGCCUGGUUCUUUAAAAUAGUUACCAAAUCAUUGCUGAUAAAACUGCAGAUGUUCAUCACCCGCUUACAAAUCCCCACACUCCUUUUCAGUGUCUCCACAUCCUUCAUUCUUUCUCUCCUGCAUACCACUCAUUUGUCUUGUGUCUGCACCACUGAGUGGAAGCCUGAGUCUGAUCAUUGCUUCCUCAGGGCGUGGCAUUGUUGUUGCUCCGAAUUCCAUAGUCUCACCCUUCUCCCUGAUGCUGCUCCUCUCUUUAGGUGGCUGUGGAAGAACUACCAAUAUGUGCUGGCCUUCCGCUUUGCCAUCCAGGAGAUCAAUAAAAACCCCCAGCUACUCCCCAACCUGACCCUCGGUUUCAAAUUCUACAAUGCCUUUGCCAGUGAACAGUACACCUUAUUGAGCAUAGUGUAUUGGUUGUUUGGGGCCACUAUAGCUUUACCUAACUACACCUGCCAUACACAAGGCAGACAUGUUGCCAUCAUUGCUGGAACCACAUCAGCAUUGUCUGUUGAAUUUGGAACGCUUUUGGAGCUCUACAAAACCCCACAGCUCACCUAUGGCCCUUUUGAUCCCAUGCUAAAUGAUAAGGACCAGUUUCCCUCACUCUAUCAGAUGGCCAGCAGUGACAGCUCUUUGGGCCAUGGAAUGAUCUCCUUGUUGCUGCAUUUUGGCUGGACUUGGGUGGCUCUCUUUGUGUCUGAUGACAUGAAGGGAGAGCAGUUCCUUCAGUACUUUGAAGCAGCGAUGCUCAAGAAAGGAAUCUGUGUGGCCUUUACAGUUAAGCUCCCUGUCACAAAGAAGUUGUAUGCGGAUAGUGAUCUCACUUUCAUGAGUAGCAUCAGAGUUUCAUCUGCAAAUGUGCAUAUACUCUAUGGUGAUGUAAGAGGUCUCAUCAGUGUGGACAUUUCAGUGCAGUCAUAUUUAACCAUGGGGAAGGUGUGGAUCAUGACAUCAAAGUGGGAUCUUGUCAUUUCUGAGACAAACCACAUGCUGCACUCUUUGCAUGGAGGCUUCUCUUUUUCACCCCACAAGGAAGAAAUCCCUGGCCUCAAACUUUUUGUCAAGAUGGCAAAGCCUUCUCACUACCCAGAAGACUUUUACUUCAGUAAAUUAUGGCUUUUUCAUCUGGCCUGCUCACUUGAAGGAUCAUUUUGUGGACAUAUUGGAACCUGCUCACCAAAUACUUCCUUAGAGUUUCUUCCAGGACAUAUUGACUUGCUGACCAUAUCUGACUCCAGCUAUUUAGUCUACAAUGCUGUCUACACAGUGGCCCACGUCCUCCAUAAAAUGAUUUUGGAGAAAGUAGAAAUGAGAUCCUUAGCAGAAGCAUCCCAGCCCAAGAUUCUUCCCUGGCAGGUCUCCCUGUUUCCACUUAUUCCUGUUCUCCAGCUUCAUCCAAUCCUGAGGAAAAUCCAGUUUACAAACCGUGCUGGAGAUGAUGUGUCUUUCCAUGAAACAAGACACCAUGUGGUACAUUAUGAUAUUCAGAACAUUGUAAAUUUUCCUGCUGGAUUUCGGUUGCUGGUUAAAAUUGGAGAAUUUUCCUCUAAGAGUCCACAUGACCAAGAUUUGCUGAUCAAUGAAGACAUUAUAGAAUGGCCUGUUGGAUUCAAAAAGACUCCCCAAUCUGUGUGUAGCCAGAGCUGUGGUCCAGGAUUUCGGAAAAUGUCACAGGAAGGAAGACCUGUCUGUUGCUAUACUUGUGUUUUUUGUCCAGAGAGAGAUGUUUCCAAUCAGACAGAUGCAGAACAGUGUAUCCAGUGUGCAGAGCAUGAGUAUCCGAACAUGGAGAGAAGUCACUGCCUCCCCAAGCUAAUGACCUUCUUAGCCUUUGAGGAUGCCCUGGGGAUGGCUCUGGUUUGCAUGGCUCUGUGCUUCUCUGUAACCACAGCUGCAGUUUUGGGAGUCUUUGUGAAGCACCGAGACACUCCCAUCGUCAAGGCCAAUAACCGGUCUCUCAGCUACAUCCUGCUCAUCGCCCUCCUCCUGUGCUUCCUGUGCUCCUUACUCUUCAUUGGCCGUCCCAACACAGCCACCUGCCUCCUCCGACAAAUAACAUUUGGUCUUGUGUUCACAGUGGCUAUUUCUGCUGUGCUGGCCAAGACCAUCACUGUGAUUCUGGCUUUCAAGGUUAUGAAACCUGGAAGAACAAUGAGGCGAUUGCUUGUAUCCGGAGCUUCUAACUUCAUCAUUCCCAUCUGUUCCUUGAUCCAACUAGCUCUAUGUGGCAUCUGGUUGGGAAUCUCUCCUCCAUUUAUUGAGUUAGAUGCAUAUUCUGAGCAUGGACACAUCAUCCUGGUGUGCAACAAGGGCUCAGUCACUGCCUUCUACUGUGUCCUGGGCUACCUGGGCUCCUUGGCCCUAGCGAGCUUCACUGUAGCUUUCCUAGCCAGGAAUCUGCCUGAUACAUUCAAUGAAGCCAAGUUCCUGACGUUCAGUAUGCUGGUGUUCUGCAGUGUCUGGGUGACCUUCCUGCCUGUCUACCACAGCACCAAGGGGAAGGUCAUGGUGGCUGUGGAGGUCUUUUCCAUCUUGGCCUCCAGUGCAGGACUUCUGGGAUGCAUUUUUGCCCCCAAGUGCUACAUUAUUCUUAUAAGGCCUGAAAAGAAUUCUCUGAAAGGCUUAAAGAAAAGAGCAAGUUCUAAGGGAUUCUAA